UGAAACCACAAGAAAGCCCCACAAGCGUCGUGAGGAUGAUGAUGAGAACGGGAUGAGCGGAGGAACCGAGGCAGCCAUGGCAGUGAGACGGGUGUUCCACCUCCAGCCAUGCGAGUCUCCACCAUCAGCAAUGUCAAGAAAUGGAUACUUCUUUGAAGAAAGUGGGUACCUCAAAUGCGACAUGGACGAUGGCUGCGAGGCCAAGGAGGAGACGGGGGGCGAGGAGCUCUUUGAUGCCGUGAACAACACCGUGGUGUCGGGGGACAGCAUCCGCUUCUUCGUCAAUGUUAACCUCGAGGUGCCACCGAACGCCGCUGAUGAAAAUGAAAGUGCUGGCUGCGUGUUACUGCACACAUCAAGGAAGUAUCUGAAAUUAAAGAAUUUUGAGGAGGAAGUCAGAGCCCACAGAGACCUGGAUGGGUUCUUGGCCAGAGCCAGCAUCAUCCUUGAUGAAACAGCCACCUCCUUGGAUGAUGUCCUUCGAGAGAUGCUGAAGCACUUUGCUGAAGAUCCUGAGAACAUGGAGCCAAGCUGCAACUUUGAGAAAAUCAUGAGCACUUUAUUCACAGAUUCAGGGACCCCACGAGAAGGGAACGGCACCCAUGAUGUUUCAGACUCAACAGGAGCGAAUAUACAAACAUGUACAUCGCACCUCAAAUUUCACCUCUUAUCAGAUACCAUUCAAGGGGUCACAGCGACAGUCACAGGGGUGCAGUACCAGCAGUCCUGGCUCUGUAUCAUUUGCACUAUAAAGUCCCUUCAGCGACGUCACGUUUGCAUCAGCCGCCUGGAAAGGCCUCAGAAUUGGGGUGAAAACUCCUGCGAAGUGAGAUUUGUGAUAUUAGUCCUGGCUCCUCCAAAAAUGAAAAGUACCAAAACAGCCACAGAAGUGGGCAGGACCUUUGCCACAAUGUUUUCAGACAUAACCUUUCGGCAGAAGCUCUUAGAAACCAAAACAGAAGAGGAAUUCAAGGAAGCCUUAGUCCACCAACGCCACUUAUUGACAGUGGUGAAUCAAAGACCUUCGAUAAGUGAUGGGCACAAGUCUCACGGCUCUAAGCCACUCAAGUUGCAUGAGUUUCUCAAUGUUGGCAAGGGGAUUUCUGAUGACAUUGCACGAAGAUUUCCAGUGUACGCUUUGGACUUCACUGAUGGUAUUAUUGGAAACAACAAAGCUAUAGGGAAAUACAUCACAACUAUGAUCUUUCUGUAUUUUGCCUGCCUCCUUCCAUCCAUUGCUUUUGGGUCACUCAAUGAUGAAAAUACCCGAGGAGUUAUUGAUGUGCAGAAGACCAUCGUUGGCCAGUGUAUUGGAGGGCUGCUUUAUGCACUCUUUUCAGGGCAGCCUCUAGUUGUACUCCUAACUACAGCUCCUUUAGCACUCUACAUUAAUGUCAUCCGAGGAAUCUGUGAUGACUACAACUUGGAUUUCAGUGCUUUCUAUGCCUGGAUUGGACUGUGGAACAGCUUUUUCCUUGUGAUGUACUCCCUCUUUAAUUUCAGCCUUCUGAUGAAACUCUUUAAAAGGUCAACAGAAGAAAUAAUUGCACUUUUUAUAUCCAUCACAUUUGUGCUUGAUGCCUUCAAAGGCAUCAUUAAAGUUUUUAAGAAAUAUUACUACAGUGGGCGCACAGGAGAAAGUUACUUGGAAAAAGCACCAACUGAUGCUAUUCCAAGCCUCGGCAUCAAUACCACCUUCUUGAUGAAUUCAUCAGUGAGCAGAUCCAUGUCCCUAGAGAAUCAAACAGGCACGCAUGAUGUGCAUUAUGGACGUGAAACUGCCGUCCUUAGUCUCAUGUUGAUGCUGGGUACCCUUUGGCUUGGUCAUACGCUCUAUCAGUUUAAGAAAAGCCCUUAUUUACAUGCCAGAGUACGGGAAAUUCUAUCCGACUGUGCCUUACCGAUUUCAGUUCUGACUUUCUCUGCUGUGGGAUCCUGUAUCUUCAAGGAAAUUGAAAUGUCCAAAUUCAACUACAAUCCAUCUGAGAGCUUGUUCGUGCUGGCCCCAGUCCAGUCCCUGUCCAUUGGGUCAGUGAUGAGCGCCAUGGGGCUAGGGUUCCUCCUGUCAAUGCUCUUCUUUAUAGAGCAGAACAUUGUGGCAUCACUCACAAACGCACCAGAGAACAGGUUGGUGAAGGGAACAGCUUACCACUGGGACCUCCUGCUCGUUGCGCUGAUUAACACAGGGCUGUCUGUCUUCGGCCUUCCAUGGAUCCAUGCUGCCUUUCCUCAUUCCCCAAUGCACGUCCGUGCCCUGGCUUAUGUGGAGGAGAGGGUUGAAAGUGGACACAUCUAUGAGACGAUUGUGAGUGUGAAGGAGACCCGGCUGACAAGUCUAGUGGCAAAUUUCCUGGUUGGCCUUUCCCUUCUGCUCCUCCCCUUCCCUCUCCAGUGGAUCCCAAAGCCGGUGCUCUAUGGCCUCUUCCUCUACAUUGCAUUGACCUCCAUUGAUGGGAACCAGCUCUUUGAAAGGGUGGCACUCCUGCUCAAAGAACAGACUGCUUAUCCUCCAACACAUUACAUCCGCAGAGUGCCCCAGAGGAAGAUCCACUAUUUCACAGGCUUGCAGGUCCUGCAGCUCCUCAUCCUCUGUGGUUUUGGCAUGUCACCAUUGCCCUACAUGAAGAUGAUCUUCCCACUCAUCAUGAUAGGGAUGAUCCCAAUCAGGUAUAACCUGCUCCCUAGGAUCAUCGAAGCCAAGUACUUGGAUGCUAUGGAUGCAGAACAUUAAACGAGGUCCCCUGCACACAGAGCAGUGAGGACAGCUCUGUUAGAGUUGGAAGGCAGCUUUGCCGAAGCGUAGAACAAUCUAUCUGCAGUUCUUUCUUUCACCACUUUCUUUCUGCUCUAAUCAAGCAUUGGUAAUGCACACAUAUCAAAGAUCAAUUGAGCAUUGAAGUGUCAGACCAAACCAGCCUUGGACUUGGGAGGCUGAUGCUCUUUGGAGCUGUGAGGCAAGCAAGCUUUAUGGAAAAUGCUACUUUCCACAUCCCCAAACUGGAAACCCCAAAGAUCAGCAUGUCUGUAUGGCUGGAGCAUGCAUCCUCAGAGUUGUCAUGUAGUCCCUUGUUUGAGGGUGGGGGGAAUCUCUCUUCUUAUGCACUGUGUCCCUCUCUUCUAAAACACUAUAAGGACAGCAACUGACCUUUCUUUUACAGAAUGCCAGUCCUGUUCCGGCCUUAGAGUUCAGUUUCCCAUGCAACCAGUAUUCCCAAAUUGGUAUUCUGGGUGGGAUAGCCUCAUGCUAAACCACUGAUGUCAGGAGAGAUGUUUGGCCAUCUCUUCAGAUUAGCAGGGCUGGAGACAGAUUUAUUUUGUACUGAUACAAUCCACAGCUUUGGAUGAAUAUGUAAUUCCUACAAAUGAUCUGGAAAUGUUCUGAAGUUGGGCUUGCAUGGAGAUGUUGAUGAAACCACAUCUGGGUCUAAGCUAUUUGGGAAUUAUUUUGGAUGGUUCUACCAUUACUUCUCAGUAAUCAAAGACAGAAGUGUAGUUUUGCACAACUGCAACAUUCUUGCUUGCACCCAGAGUCAGAUGCUGAAGCUUGUCAAAGGGCAGUUGUGUUAAUGAUUGCAUAUACAUAUGUACAGUAGUGCCUAUGUGUACAUAUAUACAUAUGGAUUUGUGUAUAUAUUUUGCAUAGAUAUACAAAUAGGCCUGAUUCUUUCCAAAUAUCAAGUGUUUUGUGCAGUGUUACCCAUGAUGUCUUGACCACAAUACUCGUUCUCUGCUUCAGUGCUGCUUUUUCUCAUUUGUGAUAUGGUCACUUUUCAGUUACUGUUUUUGUUCAGGUGUUGCUUCAUUCAAGGUGUUCCUUUGCUUUCUCCUUCCCGUGGCUUGAGGCCUUCAUCAUUCUGUCUGGAUGCUCCAACGUGUGAAUUUUGCAUUUAAUUUUAAUGUACAGCAUGCAAUGAAAGCUUUCCUCUUUUGCCUAAUCAAUAUUUGUCAGUCAUUUCAUUUGUUUCUGUUUUGUAGCUCAUCUCUGGUUUCCCCCACUCCCAGAUGUUAUAUUAUAUUUCUGGAUGAAUCUAGCUUCUGCUGUCUUUUUGUAUUUCAGUUUAUUUAAAGUUGCUUGUAUUAUGGUCAGUUUUCUGAUUUGGAGUACUGUGAAACAGGUUGCCCUUUAGUUCAGUGCUUGCCCUUUGCUGCACACUACAGAUUGCAGGUAAAGUGUUACUGAAAAAUGUGGACCUCUGAAGGUAAUGAACUUUCAAAAGAGUAGAGAUGAGGGAAGAAAAGUAAUGUGAAAUGAAAUGCAAAUAUAUUAUUAGCAUGGAGAAGUGUUAGCUACCAAUUGCUUGCCCAGUAAAUGGUGUAGAGUUCUUACCAGCACAUGCCCUACUGAUUGGGUGUUCCUCUGCAUGAUGAGGAAGACCAGCUGUGUUAUGAGGAAGGACUAUGCUGAAACUAAGCCAGAUUCAAGCCACUGAAGAUUUGGUGUAUUUACACUAAAUAUCAGGUGUUAUUUCAUCUUAAUGUAGCUGCUUAGGGCUUUAAAACAUGUAUGGAAAACUGAGUUUUUAGGUUCUUAUGAAACCCUUCAUCUCUGUUUUGUUAUUUGAUGGAGGAGAUCAGUAAGUGUUCCCAAGAACAUGGCCGUGGUUUAUAUAUCCCCAAGCAAUCACAGGAGAGAGCACUCAGCAAGCAAAACAGCAUUAUGUGUCUUUGAAAGCAUGAUGUUCAUACUGCACUCACCAGCUCUUUUUGGAGUCUUGGGGUCAGGAUGGCCACCCUAGUACAUCAGCAGGUAACACCACAUUUGGCUUUCAGUCUGUCUUGGAGGCAGCAGGGGUAACUUAUGCCAUGUUUGGUAAGUGAUGGGACAGCAGAUAGGAAUCUGUGUGUGGAUUCUGACUGCCUUCAUCAAGAUUUCCUGGCUUUUGAGUCAUAGAUGUGGUGAGAUCAAUAAUAGCUGUUAUGAAGGUCUACAUGUAGAAGCAGGGUGCAGACAGUCAGCAAACAGGAUUUUGGGGCAGUGUGAAGGCAGAGGCGGUUAAAGCAUGUCUGAUCUUCAGUCAACAGAAAAAGAGUAGGUGACAGCAAACAGUUCAGUACCUGCUAUAAGACAGGGAGUGCAAAGGCCUGAUGAUGCUUAAAUAACAUGCUUUUCUCAUGGAUGUCAAAAGGUUUAACCAAAACUAGAAUGAAAAGUGUUUGUGCAUCCUCUGGUUGAGUAAGCUAUUAAACACACGUGUCCUGGCACUGCAUUUUUGGUGUCUCAUCUCUUGGCAGGAAGAAGCCACCCUGUGAGAUUGUUUAAACCAUACUGUGGAUGUUGUGGCUGGAGGGAGGAGAGGAUGUGUCCAAGGGAAUGCGGCUCUGCUGCUUGUUGAGGAAGAGCAGAGGGUUUGGGUAAAAAUCCCUCCAGCACAGAGCAUAGUAGGAUGAACUGGCAUGCAGGUCUUGCCAGAGGAAAUAGCUUUGAGAUGUAGCUUCCAUCCCCUGCUUAGAAGGACCAAAAAAGCCCCCAUUUAAAGCCCUUUGGACAGCAUCCAUUUCAGUGUCAAAUGUUGCUAACUGAGAUAAUUUAAAAUACAGAUAGCUUGGGGGUGUGAGUGUUAAAUAUCCAUCACCACUCUUGUUUGUAUCUUUUAUUGCUGUUGCUUUACCACAAUGACUUCAGUGUUCAUAUUUGCUUUGUAGCAUCAAUAGGAUUCUGUUUCAUGGGGUUUUCUUUCUACAGAAGUCAGGGGCCAAAGGAUCAACUGAUGGGAAAUCAGCACAGCUUGGGAAGAGAAGUUGUGCUGGCUUAGACUUCUUGAACAUUUGGACCCAUGUCUUAAUAUAUGGGUAGAAGGGAGACGUGAGACUCAAGGCUUCUUGCCUAAUAAUGGGUUGUAAUGAUCCUGCAGAGGAUUUUAUUUCAUACAAGUACCUUUUCUCUUCUUGUUUGCUUCUGGUUUUGCUGACUUAAGUGCAGGCGUUUCCAGGAAGUAGGCUAACUAGGGAAGGAGCUGAGAGUCGAUUGAGCACUUUAAUACUUCUGUGAAGGUUAAGACAAUUAGAAUGUAAAAGAAGUUUUAUUAUAAGCUCUUUAUAUACGCACAAUGCUAUGUAUAACUGUUGCCAAAGAACUGGGUUUGAGAGAUCUUGAUGGCUAUCAGGAGAGUCCACGAUAUUCACCUGGAAGCACAGGUAGAAAAAGGCUUCUAAAACAAGUGGAUUUUGGAAGUUACCUUUUGACAGCUGCCAAAAUGAUCAGAAUCUGAGGAUAGGAUAAACUUCUACCCUUAAACUUGUAGGUUUUGAUCCUUGCAUUGAAUGUAGGAGCUAGACAUUAUCUUGACAAUUAAAAUUGGAUUUAUACCUGAA